GUGUAAGUCUUUCACCGGUUUGUCUUGCCUUUUCUUUUCCGCUGUGUCUCGGCAGUGGUGAGAGCGUGGAUUGAACCUAGCCUCACAAAAAUCACCUAAAAUGAGUGUCCCGGCGUUUAUCGAUAUUACGGAAGAAGACCAGGCUUCAGAGCUCAGAGCCUACAUCAAAGCCAAAGGAGCUGACAUCUCAGAGGAGAACUCUGAAGGUGGGCUUCAUGUGGAUCUGGCUCAGAUCAUCGAGGCCUGUGAUGUCUGCCUGAAGGACGAUGACAAAGAUGUGGAGAGUGUGAUGAACAGCAUCGUGUCUCUGCUGCUCAUCCUGGAGACAGAGAAGCAGGAGGCUCUCAUUGAGAGUCUCUGUGAGAAACUGGUGAAGUUUCGUGAGGGAGAGAGACCCUCCCUCAGGAUGCAGCUGCUGAGUAACCUGUUUCAUGGAAUGGAUGAAAACACCCCAGUGAGGUACACUGUCUUCUGCAGUCUCAUCAAGGUGGCAGCUACCUGUAAUGCCAUCGCUUUCAUCCCCACCGACCUUGACCAGGUGCGCAAGUGGAUUAUUGACUGGAACCUAAACACAGAGAAGAAGCACACGCUCUUGAGGCUCGUAUAUGAGGCGCUGGUUGACUGCAAAAAAAGUGAGGCUGCAGCAAAAGUGAUGGUUGAGCUGUUGGGGAGUUACACAGAAGAUAACGCUUCACAAGCACGCGUUGAUGCACACAGAUGUAUUGUUCGAGCUCUCAAAGACCCCAACACCUUCCUGUUUGACCACCUGCUUACCCUGAAACCCGUGCGCUUCCUCGAGGGAGAGCUCAUCCAUGAUCUAUUAACCAUCUUUGUGAGUGCAAAGCUAGCGGCAUAUGUUAAGUUUUACCAGAGUAACAAAGACUUCAUUGAUUCCCUUGGCCUGUCCCACGAGCAAAACAUGGCCAAGAUGCGUCUGCUGACAUUCAUGGGCAUGGCAGUGGAAUUCAAGGAGAUCUCCUUUGACACGAUGCAACAGGAGCUGCAGAUCGGAGCCGAUGACGUCGAGGCUUUCGUCAUAGAUGCUGUUCGGACCAAGAUGGUGUACUGCAAAAUUGACCAGACACAGCGAAAAGUUGUCGUGAGCCACAGCACACACCGCACCUUUGGCAAGCAACAAUGGCAGCAGCUGUACGACAGCCUCAGCUCCUGGAAGGCCAAUCUAGCAACCGUCAAGUCCAGCCUGCAAGCUCUGUCGCCCUCCGCUUAAUUCCACCUCAGCCAACUGUCUUGAUUUUCAACCCGUUUAUUACUUCUGUUCCCCAACUUCCCAGGCUGAGUUGAUCACCAUUUUUAUAUACAUCAAAUAAAAAACAAUGGAGAUCAUCUGC